GCGGGGGUAGGCGCGGGGACGGAGAUGUCGGGACUGCGGGGCUCCCACCAACGCGCGCUCCGCGCUCUUCCUCCCCGCAGUCCGUCAUCCUCCGGUUAGCGGGCUUAAGGGGACAGGCGCCUCCCCCGUCCCAAGACAGCCCCGGGCAUGUUGUGAGUCAGCAGCAUCCCCUGGGCCCGCCCCUCCAGGCCGCAAUCACGGCCCUGCGCCCACACCUUCACCCGGGCCCUUUAACGCCCCCAAAGUGGGAGAGGCGGCACCCAGCUGGCGUUGACUCGGUCGCCGUCCACAGCUCUCGGGCCGGGAGGUGCCCGAGGCAGAGAGCACUCGCCGGAGUCGCAGUCUGCAGGGACCUGCGCGUCUGGUGCGCGCCCCGCGCUCUGGCUGCCCCAAUCCACAGAGUGGUAGCAUUUGGGGCCCGUGUUUUGCCUCCAGCGUUCAAGAUGCGUGAUCGACCUCCUCUGACCCUAACUCUCCCUCAGAGUCCCCGCAGCGCAUCAGCCAGACGAGGCCUUGGAAGGCGGCACCUUCUAUUCUCUUCUGCGCCAGACGCUUUCAGCUGCACCUCCCGGCAAGGUGGGGCACCCACCCACCCCCGGCACAAGGCUCUGGUGCCCCCCACUGACCCCGCGCCCCAGGCCGCCGCUGCCUGUGGCCUCAGGAUGAAAGGGGAGACCCCUGUGAACAGCACCAUGAGCAUCGGGCAAGCCCGCAAGAUGGUGGAGCAGCUGAAGAUCGAGGCCAGCCUUUGCCGGAUAAAGGUGUCCAAGGCGGCGGCAGAUCUCAUGUCCUACUGCGACGCCCACGCCUGCGAGGACCCCCUCAUCACCCCCGUGCCCACCUCGGAGAACCCCUUCCGGGAGAAGAAGUUCUUCUGUGCCCUCCUCUGA